CGGGGGCAACAGGGCUGCUGCUCGGCCGGCCGGCGGCGGCGAGCGCUGGGGGCAUGAGGGCGAGCUGGGAAAGCGGCAAUUGAGCCGGCCGGGAAGAGCGCCAGUCCCCAAGGAGUCCGAGAGUGAGGAGCCCUGGGCAGGGGCCGGGAGGCGCGGGGAAGCCGGGCUCUUCCCUCAGGACCGUGUCCCGGGGCCCACCCGGCCCGUAGAGUGGCAGCUGCUUCAGAUUAGGAAGACUCAGGAUAAAUUACACAUCUGGUACGAAACAGAGACAAGAUUCAAACCCAGGGAGGUGAGCACGUGAAACAAUAUGAAGAGGAGAAAAUAGCCUUUUAAGGAGAUUGGCCCACAGAAAGGAUGGCCUUCUUGGACAAUCCAACUAUCAUUCUAGCUCAUAUUCGACAGUCACAUGUGACCAGUGAUGACACAGGAAUGUGUGAGAUGGUUCUCAUUGAUCAUGAUGUUGACCUAGAGAAGAUUCAUCCUCCUUCAAUGCCUGGAGACAGUGGGUCAGAAAUUCAGGGAAGCAAUGGUGAGACUCAGGGCUAUGUAUAUGCCCAGUCAGUCGAUAUUACCUCAAGUUGGGACUUUGGUAUUAGAAGACGCUCAAAUACAGCUCAAAGAUUAGAACGACUCCGAAAAGAGAGACAAAACCAGAUCAAAUGCAAAAAUAUUCAGUGGAAAGAAAGAAAUUCUAAGCAAUCAGCCCAGGAGUUAAAGUCACUAUUUGAAAAAAAGUCCCUCAAAGAGAAACCUCCAAGUUCUGGAAAGCAGUCAAUAUUAUCUGUACGACUGGAGCAGUGCCCUCUACAGCUGAAUAACCCCUUUAAUGAGUAUUCCAAAUUUGAUGGCAAGGGUCAUGUCGGCACAACAGCAACCAAGAAGAUCGACGUCUACCUCCCCCUGCACUCGAGCCAGGACAGACUUCUGCCAAUGACUGUGGUGACAAUGGCCAGCGCCAGGGUGCAGGACCUGAUCGGGCUCAUCUGCUGGCAGUACACAAGUGAAGGACGGGAGCCGAAGCUCAAUGACAAUGUCAGUGCCUACUGCCUGCAUAUCGCUGAGGAUGAUGGGGAGGUUGACACAGACUUCCCCCCACUGGAUUCCAACGAGCCCAUUCAUAAGUUCGGCUUCAGUACUUUGGCCCUGGUUGAAAAGUAUUCAUCUCCUGGUCUGACAUCCAAAGAGUCACUCUUUGUGCGGAUAAAUGCUGCUCAUGGAUUCUCCCUUAUUCAGGUGGACAACACAAAGGUCACCAUGAAAGAAAUCUUGCUUAAGGCAGUGAAACGAAGAAAAGGAUCCCAGAAAGUUUCAGCCAGUGCCCAAAACAGCACCGAUCCACGCCAGCCCCGUCCAUCCCCAGGAAACCCAACGAACCCCAACCCAGACAUGGAGCUGUCUUGUGAUUAUCGAAGCAGUGGGGACACAUGGAGUCAGUUGGAGGUGGACCUCCCAGUCUGCUUUGGAGGAGGAGGCCCUCAGUACCGCCUGGAGAAGCAGAGUGAGCCCAAUGUCGCCGUGGACCUGGAAAGCACUUUGGAGAGCCAGAGCGCAUGGGAGUUCUGCCUGGUCCGCGAGAACAGUUCAAGGGCAGACGGGGUUUUUGAGGAGGAUUCACAAAUUGACAUAGCUACAGUACAGGAUAUGCUGAGCAGUCACCAUUACAAGUCAUUCAAAGUCAGCAUGAUCCACAGACUGCGAUUCACCACCGAUGUCCAGUUAGGUAUCUCUGGAGACAAAGUAGAGAUAGACCCUGUUACGAAUCAGAAAGCCAGCACUAAGUUUUGGAUUAAGCAGAAACCCAUCUCAAUCGAUUCUGACCUGCUCUGUGCCUGUGACCUUGCUGAAGAAAAAAGCCCCAGUCAUGCAAUAUUUAAACUCACGUAUCUAAGCAAUCAUGACUAUAAACACCUCUACUUUGAAUCUGACGCUGCUACCGUCAACGAAAUCGUACUCAAGGUGAACUACAUCCUGGAAUCACGAGCAAGCACUGCCCGGGCUGACUAUUUUGCUCAAAAACAAAGAAAACUGAACAGACGUACAAGCUUCAGCUUCCAGAAGGAGAAGAAAUCAGGGCAGCAAUGACACCGGCCUCCAACCCCAAUCUGUCGCCGUAGCUCAGAGCCUGCCUGCCGGGGCUAGGUGGCCCUAGAGCCCACCCCGUGUCCCGCAGUCCUCAGGGGCAGGCCAGCCCCUGGCUCACGGCCACAAGGCUGGGGGGCUCUUGGGGAACGGAGCUGGGGACAUCUCCACGGGACCGAAGCCUGAGUGGCAGUGGCUUUGAUGAGCAGUGCCAGGGGCCAGAACACAGACACCCCGCCCAGCCGUCUUCACUGCCCGACGGCCCUGCUGAGGAUGUACAUAGCCAUGCCCAGACAUUUCCUUGCAACUUGAUCAAAUUUCUUAAACGAAGAACAAAAAUGUACAUUUCUUUUUUUUUUUUUUUUUUCCUUUUAAUAAACAAGUGUACUCUUUACCACGGUUGGUAUGACGGGCCAUUCUUUGGGGCAGAGGAUUGAUCAUGUCAUUCUCUUUAAAAUCUGUUCCCAUAUUGAACAAGCAGAUUGGAAAAGCUAUGGCUCGAUUUCUCAGAAGAAAUGUUUAGGGCUUAGUCAAUAGUUUUAACUACGCCAUUUGUUUAAAUGAGUGCAUUGCUUUGAGGAUAGUAUCUUAACUAAAGUUAGGAAGGGGAGCCAGCGAUGUGUGUCCCAGGCUGUGCCCCUUCAGGCGUCACCUCUCGCCCGCUCAUCCCAGAACCUCUUGGUUUUAGAGACGCGGCACUGCGUGCAGUUUAUGCCCGGGGCGCCGGGAGAAUGGGGUGACGGCUGGUCUUCGGGUCACGCUGAGCUCCCGGCACAAGCGGGCCUUUCCAUUUCUUAAAUAGCAAGUGUCCGUUUCAGCUAGCAAUUAGACCUGCAUGUGGACUUCUCCUGGAAUUGGGAGAGUCUCUGCUCUACUGACUCAGAAGGGCCCCCGCUCCCCUUCCUCCUGUCCACACAGUGCCUGCCUCCUUGUCUGAGCAGGCGGGACGCUGCUUUGUCUCACUCUGCCAGGGCGCGGUGAGCAGAGAUGGCAGGGCAGAGGGACGCCUGCUCCCCCGGGUCCGACUGCGCGGGUGGGGGGCGGGCAAGGAUCGAGCAUCGCUGACACCACACCUCUGGCCACACCAGAUGCCUCUGCGGUCCUCACCAGCCACUCCAGGGUCCCUCCCAGGGUGACGUCCUUUCACACGGUCCCCGGCCAGGGUCGAGGACCGGAUGUUUCACUGAGGACCCGCGUUUCAAACAGUUUUUUAAAUUGUUGUACAGGAAGAGAUGUGACGAAAACAGCAUCUCGAAGUCGAGUGUGUUUCUUUGCACUGGGGGCAUUUUAAUGAAUUCCUCUUUCAUUCUGAUCUUUGUUCAGCCAACAGAAGCAUCCUUUUCUAACGUCUUCCAUUCCUACCCACCCCAGAAACAAAAGAAAUAUUAUUUGUAGCUUGCUAUCUGUAUUUGGAUUUUUAGCAAUUUUAUAUUUAGAUACCUUUGAAAAAUGUAAAUGACUAAUUUGGUCAUUAAAUCUUGUGACAUAUUCAAUAUUAAAGCGAUAUUAAAAUAAAAGUCAUAUAAAUACCA